GACUGAAAUUCGCCCAAAAUUAAGCAUGCAGAGAAACGUAAUGUAUGCGUGACGUUUUCGAUCGAAGAUGGUGUUCUAGUGGCGGGAGGGUACUUUAGCCAGCGCUACCUAUAGCUACACUGUAAAAUUACAGAGUAAAUACAACCCUUAAUGGCUUUCUAGUCAUUUUGUGGUGUAUGAUACAUAUAGUAUUGUAUAGUGGAAACAAUCCACUAACUAUAGGUUUUUGUGAUUUUCUGGGAUAGCCACUUUAAAUGUUUAUUAUUAUUCUUAUUUUAAAUAUUAUAGAAUAGAAUUUCUAAAUUUUACAUCUACGUCAAAAAUAACAGAUAAUGCGAUGGAACCCUACGCAAUUUUGGAGAAAAUUCAAAGAUCUCUGGAGUGUCGAAAUUUUCCUGACCUUAACUUUAAACCCAAACAAGUCAAGUGCUUGGAGUCCAUAGUAAGAGGACAGGAUGUCAUUGGGGUGUUUCCAACAGGAUAUGGGAAAUCUUUAAUUUUUCAACUGUUACCAGAUGUCAUGAGAAACAAAGACGAAAAAUCUUCAAUUGUCAUUGUAAUCACUUGUUUAAACGCAAUUAUGGAAGAUCAAGUGAAUUUUCUGAAAAAAGUAGGAAUGACUUGCUACAUCCUACGUGACUUAAAUUUUGAGGAGAAUGCUGUACAGACGUUGUUUGAGGAUAUCUGUCUGAGUGAUAAAACAGAAGAUGUCUUACCAUCAUUUGUAUUGGAUGGUCAUUGUGACUUCCUAUUUUGCCAUCCAGAGGCUAUAUUGAGUGAGAGAGGAAGAACUUUGAUGAAAACGAAAAUUUAUCAAAAAAAUGUCAAAGCUUGUGUCAUUGAUGAGGCUCACUGCUUGGACACCUGGGGAAAAGAAUUUCGCAAAGAAUUUGAAAACUUGGGAGCAAUGCGAGCUUUUUUUAGAGAGGUACCUUUUAUCGCACUUACAGCUACCGCAACAGAAAAAACACUGGCUAAAAUAAAACAUAUACUUGGAAUGAAAACCCCAACAAUAAUAUCUGUUAAUCCAAACAGAAAAAAUGUAUACAUGUGCAAAGAAAAGAGAAAAGUUGGUGAAGAAGGUAUUGAAAAUAUCAUCUUGCCACUUGCAAAGGAGCUAAAAUCACUAAAGAAAAGUUUUCCUCAAACUAUUAUAUAUUGUGGAUUGAGGUUUUGUGGGUAUAUAUAUAAGUUAAUAAAAAAUGUAUUAAAGGAACACAUGUAUGUUGAAAACAUAACAAACCCUAGCAAUUGUUUAAUUGUGCAAUUUCACGCACCACAAACAAAGUCAAUGAAAAACGAAAUUCUCCUUGAAGUUGCAAAAGAAGUUUCAAACAUUCGCGUUAUAAUAGCAACUUCUGCGCUUGGUAUGGGUGUUCAUGCACCCUAUAUCGAACAAAUUUUCCAUAUAAGUCCACCAAGUACCAUCGAAGACUAUAUGCAGCAAUUUGGACGGGCUGGUCGAAGAGGGCAAGAAGCAUUGGCAAGAUUGUACUAUACCGGGCAUGAUAUCAGCAGUAGGCGUUUAAAACAAAAUAAAGUUGAUGAACAUAUGGUGAAUUUUUGUACUACGACACAAUGCCUUCGUAAAGUAUUGAUGAUUCACUUUGGAUAUCAUUAUCAACCCCAGGAUCAAUGCUGUAGCAAUUGUGAUUCUUCACUCUUGAAAGAACCUAAAAAAGAGGAACUUAUUAAAUAUAGAGAAGUAUCAGAUGAGAGUUUAAAGAAACUAUCAGAUGAGCUUGAUAAUAUACUGGCAGAUCACGACCAAGCCACACAUGAUGCAGCCAUGGAGUUUUAUAACAUUGUGGAUACGACAUUUACGACAGAUUAUAUCAUUUAUGUUAUCAGUUUGCACAAUUGUGAUACCCACAGUGCCUUGUAUUUUCUCUUGAAGUUGUUUUGAUGUUCCAAUAUUUCCAAAAAUUUGACUAAAUCGUUUUAAGUCAGUCUCAGCACACAGUCUACACACUUUAUCACAUCCACUAUAAACUUUAUGUGGUGUGAUAUUUUCUUUCCCUUUGCCUAAAAACAAAGAUUUAUAUUAGUUGUUAUUUUUUUGUAUAUAUAUAUUUCCUUUUAUUUAUACAGCUAGCUAUACUUUAUUUCCUAAAAUAUUUUUUAAUGCUCUAGCUAGUAUUCUUAUCCCAAAAAAUUGUCAAAUAAUAUCCCUUGAAUUGUGACAUAAAAAAGAUUACUUGUCAUUGUUGUGCAUCUUCAAGCUAGCUAACAGUAUCUAGCUAGUUAGCCAGCAUACAUACUAAAAAAGUUGCAUCUAUACCAAGUUUCUGUUUACUUUUUAGCAUGUGAAAACAAAAAUUAAAUUGCAGUUUUUUUAAAAAUAUAAGUAUUGUGUCCCAACAAAAGGUGAGAAGUACCUGCUA